CCUACUGGCCCCCACCUGUCUACUGUUACCCUCCACACACUCUCAUCUUCCUUAUUGCAAUCAACUGUUCUCUCUGCGUCUGCGUAUACUCUACGUAUAAUUAUAUACAUAUAUUGAACAGGUAGGUAUAAAUACAUACAUACAACAAGAGUAGGUGUAUAUAUGCUCUAGUUAAGUGUUUAUAGAGUACUGGGGGAAAAUGUUACUACAGUACUGUGAAUUGAUGGAGAGGAAACUGCGUGGCAACCACAGCCCUCCACCGCCUUACUCCACUUUCUUGAUAUUUUCAGGGCCGGCAAUACGUAUAUAUAUUCAGGCCCACUCUCUCCUCACACCCCAAUUUUCCCAUUUACAAGAUUUUCAUGCUCCCUUACGGAAAAUCUACAAAAAACCGACCUGGAUUUCCUCUCUCUGCAGCUCGAAAUCUCCCGGGAGAUUUCCUUCGAGCAGUAUAUACUGAUUAAUCCCUCCCGUCGUACAAGAAAAGAUCAUGGAUCCCGAUGGCUUUCAAAACCCACCUGGCACGACGACGUUUCCACCUCCCCAAUCCUUUCCUCUGCCUUUGUCGAUGGCGUCCUCAUUUGAAUUCAAAGCCGGCGUUGCGGUGAGUCGAGCAGCAGGCGGGGAGAGUCCGUCGGGUAUGCCGAAGCCUUUGGAGUUCUUGCAUGAGAACCCAAUCCCACCGUUCCUCUCAAAGACGUAUGAUUUGGUGGAUGACGCUUCAUUGGAUUCCAUAAUUUCUUGGGGAGAGAGGGGUGAUAGCUUCGUGGUGUGGGAUCCUGUAGAGUUUGCGAGGAUGAUUUUGCCUAGGAAUUUCAAGCACAACAACUUCUCAAGCUUUGUUCGGCAGCUCAAUACAUAUGGAUUUCGAAAAAUUGAUGCAGACAAGUGGGAGUUCACCAACGAAGGAUUUGUAAAAGGGCAGAGGCAUCUGUUGAAGAAAAUCCAAAGGCGCAAAUCACAUCAGUCUCAGCAGAUUGGGAGCUCCUAUGGAUCACCAAGUGAGACAGGGAAAGCUGCAUUGGGAGGUGAAAUCGAACGUUUGAGGGAAGAGAGAAGUUUCAUGAUGCAGGAGUUGGUCGAAUUGCAUCAGCAGCAGCGUGGUACGGUUCAGCGUAUGGAAGUUGUGAAGGAGAAGCUUGAGGAAGCAGAGAAACGUCAAAAGCUGAUGGUUUCAUUCUUGGCUAAAAUGUUCAAGAACCCUGCAAUUCUAGCUCGGCUUCAGGAGACACGGGAGCAAAAGAGCAUUACUUCCCCAAGAUCAAUGCGGAAAUUUGUAAAACAUCAGACUCAGGAACCAAGCACAUUGAGUUCCCAACUAGAGCCCUGCAGUUCUGCUUUCCCCUCUGCAAUAUCCGAUUCUGGUCCACUUGCACUCAAACAGUUGCCUGACAUCUCGUUGCAAGAUAUAGGGAACAGCCAGGUUUUUGGUGCAGUGAACGUGCUGUCUCCGGUUGAAGAUGAAUUGGCAAUGGUACAUGAAUUCCUUCGUACACAGGAGCAAACACAGUCCAUUGAUCCAAUUCUGACAGGAAAGAGGGCAACAACGCCUCAGCCACAAUCAAGAAACGAGUAUUUCGUCUCUUUUCCAGAGGAUUUCCUGAUGGAGAAUAGUUUUCCUGAAUUCUCAAUAGCAUGGACUGGAAACAUGGCUAUGGAAGAUGUGUGGAACACUGGUUUUGGACCUGGUGCUGGUAUGUCUAGUUCUACAACAAAGUUCUGGAGUAAUCUUGGCAAUUACGACGGGCCAGAGUUAGGUGUCAAUGGUGGGUUGUCGGAUAUUUGUGGCAUAGGUUCACUGCAGCAAGCAGGAAAUUCAGGCAUUGGGGGGUGGACGGAUGAGGACUCUCCUUAGUUAUAAUUAAAGAUCCAAGAGAACCUCCAAGCAGACGAUAGGUUUAGAAAUAUGGAUGCAUAGGGCUUUUCGUUGCUGCUCCUGAAUCAUAGCAUUGCAGGGUUUUGUCCGUAGAGUUGUCCACUGGACUAUGUAUUACUUAUAUAUUUCUGUUGAUAAUAUUAUCGACUUGACUAUGAAGUUCCGUUGUCAAUUCCAAUUCAUUUGAUUGCCUUCAAUUU